AUGCUCUAACAUAAUAAAUGGGCCUAGAUUAGUAAUUUUAUAUAAUAUUUAAGCUAGAUACUCCUUGUUGGAUAUUUAAUGACUAAAAAUUAAUUCCUGGAGUUAUUCUUUAAAUAUCCCCAUUUUUGAUUAGGACUGCUGAAGGUAAUAUAGCAGAUUCCAAAAAUAUAUAUCAAAGAAGUUUAGAUAAUUUGCAAGAUCUUGAAGAUUUAAUUGAUCUAUCAAUUUUGAAUGAAGCUGAAGUUCUUAAUGCAUUACACUUAAGGUUUUAACAAAAAAAAUUUCAAAUUUUUUGUGGAUCAACUUUUAUUAGUAUUAAUCCUAUACAGAAGGAAAACUUUAAAUCUUAACAACUUUAAUAAGUUACAUUAAAUGCUUUCAAUUAAAUGAUUGACAUACCUUAAUCAAUUAUAAUGACUGGAGAAUCAGGAUCAGGUAAAUCUGAAAUCAGUAAACAAAUUUAAUUAUAAUUAUCAAAAUUUGGAAAUCUUCACACCAAACUAUUGGCUUGUAAUUAAAUUAUAGAAGCUUUUGGAAAUGCUAAGACUUAGAGAAAUUUUAAUUCAUCUCGUUAUGGGAGAGUUUCUAAAAUGUUUUUUGAUAAAGAUUAAAAAUUAUGUGGUAUUCAUAUUACUGCUGUUUCCCUUGAAAAAUCACGUAUUUAUAAUGUACCAUAAGGAGAGAGUAAUUUUAAUAUCUUUUAUUAAUUCUUGAAUUAUGGAUAAUUGUAAUUAUUUAAUAUCAAUACAAAUUAACAAUAAACUUUGGUACCAAAUCCUUUGAAUUCUAAAUCAACCUAAUAUUUAUCUUAAAAAGAAGCUUAACAAAUUUAAGAUACCUUUGAUGCUCUUAAGUUAUUUAAUAUAAAUAUUGAUGCUAUUUUAGGAAUAUUGGCAUCUAUAAUAAAAUUAGGUAAUAUUUAAUUUGAAGAUCAUGCUAGUUAUUGUUCUAUUCUUGAUUAAAAAUCAAUUGUACAGAUAAGUUAAUUACUAGGAAUUUCAGAUAAAGAAUUAAUAAGAUGCUUAUGUUAUAAAUAGAGAUAAAUGUUAAAAAAUGAUGUAGUUGAUACUCCAUUAAGUAGAAUAGAAUGUAUAAAUUAACAAUAAAAUAUUAUUAAACAAUUAUAUGAAAGAUUAUUUGAAUUCUUAAUUGAUUCAAUGAAUUGUUAAAUGGCCACAUAAAUAAAUAAGUAUUAAAUAAGUAUUGUUGAUUAUUUUGGAUUCGAAUAAAAUAGUUUAAAUAGUUUUGAAUAAUUAAUAAUCAAUUAUUCUUAAGAAAAGAUACAUUAAUUUUAUUUGUAUGAUACAUUUCAAGACGAUAAUAGAUUAUUCAAAAUUGAAGGUUUGACUAAUAAUCAAGGACCAUUAAAUUAUUUAAAUAAUAUAUAAAUUUUAGAAUGUUUAGAAAGACCUCCUUUAGGAAUUUUGAAUAUUUUAGAUGAUAGUUGCACAGUGGCUGGUACUGAUGAAACAUUUUUAACAAAAAUUAAGAAUGCCUAUGUAAAUAAUCAAAUUAUUACAUAUUCAAGAUCUUAACCAAUAUUUAAGAUUCGACAUUUUGCAAGAGAAGUUGAAUAUAAUGUUAUUGGCUUUAGAAUUAAAAAUAAAGAUGAAAUUAAUAAAUAGUUUUAAAUUCUGCUUUAAAAAUCAAAGAAUUAAUAUAUAUCAACAAUUUAUUAGCAGAUUAUCACUUAAAAGUAUGUAGGAACAGUUGCAAAAAUAGAAUUAUAAAACUUAAUUGGUUCUCUUAAAGAUUGUAGUAAUUAUUUCAUAAAAUGCAUAAAACCAAAUGAUUCAUUAAUACAUGACUAAUUUAAUCAAUAAUUAGUAUUAAAUUAAAUUAAGUAUUCUUCUAUAGUGGAAUGUCUUUAGAUGAGGAAGGAAGGCUAUGCUUAUAGAAGAACUUAUUAGUAAUGUUAUAUAGAGUUCUUUGGAUUGAAUUAAUAGAAGAAAAUAGAUUAGAAGACAUCAGUUAUGAAUUAUAUUAAGAGAAACUUUGCAUUUACAGAUGAUUAGAUUUUAUUUGGAAAUAGGAUGGUUUUCUUUAAAUAUCAAACAUAUAGGAUUAUUUAAUAAGAGAUAAAUAAGUAGAAUAGUAUAAAAUAAAAGGCUGCUUCUAAAUUAUAGAAUGCUUGGAUUUGUUAUAAAAACAAAAUGAUUUUUAGAGAAUUUCAAUACAGAGUUAUUUAUAUUUAAGCUCAUAUUAGAGGAUAUUUAAUGAGGUAAAGAUAUGUUAGACUUAUGCAGUCUAUAGUGUUUAUUUAAUUUAAAAUAAAAGAGUUUUUGAAAAGAAUAAAUUAUAAAAGAUAUUUAUAAGCAUCAAAAGUAGUACAAACCUAUUUUAAGAGAAUUUGUGCAAUUAAACAAAUGAUUGUUGAAGAAUAAUGUGCAAUAAAAAUAUAGAGGUUUGUAAGAUAAAAAUAAUUAUAUUAAGAAGAAUAAGUUGAAAAUGAUAUCAAAAAAAUAUUAAUAAAAAUGACAGAUUAAGCAUGGAAAGUUAUUGUUUAUAGAGCUGCAACUAAAAUUCAGAAAACAUGGAAGGGUUACAUAACACGUUAAAAUAAUGAAGAUAAUAUAUAAUCAAUUAAACUAGCUGGAUUUUUAGUAACAGCCAAUUAAGCUGCUAUUAUAAUCUAAAAAUAUAUUAGAAGACAUUAAUAAAGAAGAUAUUAUUUAUAAUUAAAAGCUGCCACUACUUACAUUUAGGGAUGGAUAAGAAGCAAAUGGUUGUCUGAUCUAUUUUAAAGGAUCAGAUAUGCUACUAUUGUAAUUUAACGAGGAGUGAGGAAGUAUUUUAAUUAAUAUAGAAAAUAAAGAAAGUAUGAAGAUUUAAUUUUGAAACCUUUAGAAAAUGAAUUGAAUAGAAUAAGAGAAUAAGAAUUCAUGAAUUUGCAUGAUAGUUAUAUUGAAUCUGUUUUGGAGACUGAAUAAGAAAAUAUACCUGGUAAAAAGAUUGAUUUAUUCAGUUAAGUAAUAGAUUUAGAAAUAUUGACAGAUGUAAGUGAAAUCUAUGAUACUUUAUGGACAUCCUUAUAUAAAAGAUGUUUUAAAGAAUGUUAUGAAAAAUAGAAUUAUAUUUCUACAUACUCUAUAGGAGAAUGUCAUGCAUAUGUAGGAACAUUAUAAAAUAAAAUCUAUUCUUGGGGAUUGAAUGAUUAAUUAUAGUAAGGAUUACUUAAAUAAAAUGCAAAUAAAAUUAAUUAAAUACAAUUCUAAUUUAAAGUCAAAUCAAUUAAAUCUGGAGCAAAUCAUGGAUUAAUUUUAAGUUAAGAAAAUGCUUUAUAUUCAACAGAUGAAACACAAUGUAUUUUAAAGAAUGUUAAAUUAUUUUCUGUCUAUAAUGAUGAAAAUAUAGCUGUUGAUGAUAAUAAUUUAAUUUAUAUAUGGAAAAAAAAAUAAAAAAAACCAGUAGAAUUGAAAUCUUGGACUACAUUCAUAAGAAUGAGUUAAAUAUAAUAGAAGAUAUAAGUACAUUAAAUUUCACAUGGUUUAUAAUUCUUCAUAGUAUUAUCAACAAAUGGAAUGAUGUUCUCUAUGGGUGAAAAUACAGUAGGAGAAUUAGGAAUAAAUAGAGGUCAUUCAAAACAUGAAUUAACAUUAAUAGAAUUAUCUGAUAAAAUCGCUGAAGUGCAUUGUGGAAUGAAACAUACAAUAGCCAAAUCUACCUUAGGAAAAGUUUACACCUGGGGUUGGGGUCAAAUGGGACAAUUAGGACAUGGAAACCUUAAGGAUGAAGGUUUUCCAAAGAUUUUACCAUUUGAAUCGAAAGUUCUUUAAGUAAUGGCUGGUCAUAAAUAGUCAAUAGUAAUCUUAGAUACAAAAAAGGUUUAUUGGUGGGGUACUAAUUCCUGUCUAUAAUACUAAUAGAAACCAAUUGAAUAUAUGACUAAUUAUCCUGCAGUUAGAGUAUUAUGCAGUUGGAGUAGAACACUUAGUAUUGUUUACAUAACAUUUGCCAAAACCUAUAAAUGUAUAGAUGAUAACAUUAAAUUGAAAAAUAAAAUUAUCAAUUAAAUGGUUAGCAAAUGGAGUGAAAAUGAUAUUUAUUCUUUAGAUCCUCCUUAUUGUGAUAAUUUAGCUAAUUAUUUCAAUCAAAUGAAAAAACCUUAACAAAAAUUAAAUAUUAAAUUUGCUUCAAAAAUUGAACAUUAAUAAUUAGUUAAAUAACUCUAAUAAUCUCCAUUUAAUUUACUUGAUGAUGUGAAAGAUUCAAGUUGUUUUUUUAGUUUUAAAAAUGAAUCUAACAUUUAAUUACAAAAAUAAUUAUUAGAACAUUCUGAAAAUAAAGAUAUUAUCAAUGCCAAAUCUUAUCAUAUCGAUAAUUCAAAUAAGUAUAAUUUUAUUAUUAUUUAGACUCAAAUUGCUUAAGUCUGUUAAGAAAUAUCGAAAUGAUCCUUAAUUAUAAGAAAUACUAAAAUAAUCUGAAUUAAGUGAUAUAUUAUAAUAUAUAAAUUGAUAUAUUUAAGCAAUCGAAAUGAGGUAUUCUUAAUGGAAUAAUUAGUGAGGAAAAUAAGUAAGAAUAACAAUUAGUCUUUACUGUAAUAGAAGAAGGCUAUUUCGAUCAAUUGCUCAAAAGAGUACUCAGAAAAACCCAAGAACCCUUACAUCAAAUAUCAUUGAAGGAAGCUCAAGCAAUCGUGAACAGUGUUUCUCGAUCUUCAGAUUUGUAGUCAAUAAAAGAAUUAGGAUUUAAAGAUUUUGUUGGAUACUUGCAAUCUAUAAGGGAUGUUUAUAUUGAGUAUAGAAAAUUUCAAAAACAAGUACAAUCUUCAGAUAUACCUGAUGAUUUAGAUGAAAUGGUUUUAGGUUGUUAUAAUACAGUGCCUGCAUAUUUCUUUGAUUAGCCAUUCAGAUUCAACUAUUAACUAUUUUCAUUAGGCAAAGAUAAAAUUAAUUAAUAUUUAGAAGAGAUAAAGGAUCAUUUAGAUGAUGUAGAGAUUACAUUAUUCUUUUAAAUAAAUUCUCGUUUUGAUAAAUUUCUAAGUGUUAUAUUAAAUUUGAAUGAAAUGAAUUAAAUCAUAGAUUAGAAUAUUAAAAAAGUUAAAAGAAUACGUGAAAUUUAUAGUGUAACAAGAGAACAUAUGAUAAAAAAAAGCACUGAAAUUACAAGAAAGAAACAAGUAUUAAUUCUUAUUGAGUUUAGACAAUUGAAAAAGUUGAAAAUAUUUUGUUUACUCUUAAACGUAUUUAGUCGAUUUAAAAGAGUUUCAUUACAUUAACUGAACUUAUUAAUACUAAGAAAUAUUCUUAAGCUGUCUAAUUGCUAAAAGUAAGUGAAUAAACAUAUUAAACUAUUAAAUCAAUAACAAGUUUAAAGUUCAUUCCUUAAAAACUAGAACAACUACAAAAAAGUCUAUACACAACAAUUCUUAAUCAUCUUCUAUCAAUAAUGCUUACUCAAAUGACAUCAUUAUUAACUCCACAUAAAUAACUCAUAAAUCAACUAAAUCAUCAAUUGAAUGAUCAUGAUGAUUCUGUUCUUGCCAAUUCAUAUGUAAAUGAUAGUUGGUUUGAAUAAUAAUAGUAAUAAAUAAUAUCUAUAAAUAAACAAACAGAUGAUAGUUUUAUUAAGACUCUAUUGUCAUCUUCAGGUAUUAUUGAUAUGGGUGACAAAAUAUUUAAAUAAAAAGUUCUGGAGGAAUUAUAAGGAUAUUAUUAAGAGUUCCUAAUUGCUUUAAAGAACUAUUUUAAUCAAGAGGAAUCUUAAUAAUAAAGUAAAUUUGAUGAAUAGUCUAUUAUGGAAUAAUUAUCUUAAUUUAUGGAGGAAUAACCAUUAAGUAUUUUUAUAAAAAUUGUUUAAUUCUUUUCUGAAAAUUUAAAAAAGACAAUUAAUCUCUAAAUUGCACUUGCUCAAUCUAUUGCCAAAAAUGUAUUGGAUUAACCUAAACAUAUGGAAAUAAUAGAAGAGCAUUUUUCUAUUCCUGUAGCAAUGCUCAAAUUUGCUAAUGAAAAAGUAGCCUUACUAUUAUCAUCUAAGAGAAUAGCUUCUGAAUCUUCAGUUAAAGAUUUUAUAGAUUUACUUUAAGUUUAUAAAUUUUGGGAUUAAUUUAUGCUAUAGGAAAUGUCUAGAAUUAAUGAAGAUUUAUAGAUCAAUGAUAAAAUAAUGUAAAAAAUUAGAGGAUAAUAUUAGAAAUGUUCUAUAAAUCAAUUAAUUUAUAUGAGAAGUGCUUAAGAAAAGCAGUAUCUCUAAAAUUUUCAUAAAGAGAAAAAAACACAAUUGAAUAAAUAUCUAGAGAAUGAAACAUGGUUGGCAUCAGAUGUAUCCUUUGACAAUUAUGAAAUUAUUUCAUAUUUAUUGGAUCUAGAAGAAUUCAAAUAAGUUGAAUAAUUAGAUGAAAGUGUUCUUCUUAAUAAUAGUACAAUGGCUGGGAAAAACCUAUUGCCUUCAUAUGUAAAUAAUUUUCAUUUCAAAAUUAUUAAAACAGAAAUUAUCAUUUUAAAGGACAAUUCUAAAUAUAAAGUAACAUAAGCAUUUUUAUUUUUUUUAUAAGCUAUAAGCCAAUAUUUGCAUUUAUUUGAGUCAUACUCAAUUAUCAAUUAUGAAUAAACAUAAAAGUUGGUUGAAUUAAUAAAAUCUUAUAAUUCUUUAGCCACAUAAUAUAUUUUAGGAGCUGGAGCUGUUCAUUUUGGUAAAAUUACUACAAUUACAGCUAAAAAUUUAGCUAUUUCAUCAAUAUGUUUGAGACUCUUCUUAUACUUAUUAGAUCCUUUAUCAAAUAAAUUAUUUAAAGUAAUUAAGUAAGUAUUUAAUAAUUAUUUAUAAGUCAAUAGUAACAAACAGAAUAGACAAAUUUUCAACAAAUUUAGAAUGAUUUUUCAACAAUAAAAGUGGAUUAUGAAAAUCAUAAUGCUGAAGUUAUGGCCAAAUUGACUACUAUAGUAUAGGAUAGAUUUUAUAAACAUUUUGAAGAUAUUGCUAAAUUAGAUUGGAAUGUAAUAUCAAAAUUAAUAAUUUAGGAUUCUUAAACUAAAAUUACUGUUCCUACAAAGAUGACAAAUUAAAUCUGUUAAAAUACUCGAUCUUUAUAUGUAGCUAUUGAAGAUAUUAUAACAAAAGAAGAUCUUUGUAAUGUUUUUGGACAUAUUUUAUCAAUCCUCAAUUCUGAUUUUGUAAAGAUAUUUAAAUAGUUAAAUAUUACUUCUAAGUAAAAUAAUUGUUGAACUUAUUAGAAUUGGUUUUACGAGAAUUAAAGAAGAGUUAGACUAUUUUAUGAAUUCCUUAAAAGACAUAGGACAAUUGCCUUAAUUAUUAGUAGAUCAAUAUAAAAAUUUAGAAUCAGAAAUAGUUGCAGUGAUAGAGAGUAAGUAGUAAUGAAUCCUUAUGUUUUAUAUAUAUAUAUAUAUUUAGAUUUAAUUAACAAUAUAUUUAGAAUAUCAAAAUAUAAUUAAAGUCUAUUUCUUAAUUACAACAAAUAUAAAAAAUUAGAAUUAACAUUAAUUUUUAUGAAUUAAAAAGAAUCAUCUUCUGUUAAUACAUCUCAUUAAUAAUAAUAAUCUCAUUAAAAUAAAGAAGAGAGUAAAUUAAAAAGUCUAUUGUAGGGUAGCUAUGAUUAUAUUCAUAGAGAAACUGGCAAAAUGAUAUAGAAAGUAUCUUGAUUAAUUAAGUUGAAUAGAAACUCUAUAAACGAGCAUUUUAACUUUUAGAUAAGUUUUCUAAUCAGCGUAAAGAUUUGGAAUUGAGUGAAAUGGUAAUGUUGAAUCGUAGGAUAAUAAAUUGCAUUAAUAAAAUCUUAAAAAAAGGAUUGUUGAAACCAGAUAUAGAACAAGAUAGGCCUGAAAAGAUGAUUUAAAUUGUUCAAAGAGGAACUCAAGCAAUAUUUGAAUUAUAUAAAUACUUGAAUCUUUACAUGUAGAAAGUAAUGCCUAAUGAAAUGAAAGGAGUAGUGUAAUUAUAUGUUGUUAAUUUUAGUUUAGAAGAUGUUUCACAUUUGACAAGUUCAGAUGAAGAAGGAUAUGAAAAAAUUAAAGAACAUGAAGUUACUGUUUUAUUCUAUAAGAUUCAUGAAUAUGAAAAACCUAAAAAAGAGAAAACUAUAAAAUAAGCAAAAGAAAUUAAUUUUUAUGAGUAAGAAGUGUCAGAGUCUAGUCGUAUAGCUAAUAUGAUAGUCAAAACAUUAAAACCAUUAAACAUCUAAUUUGAAUUAGAUUAAUACUUCUACAAUUUAAUUGAAUUACUAUUAAUGGCAAAUUUGGUUUUUAAAAAAGCCAAUAAACCAAAAGUCGCUUAUUAUUAUUUGUUGGAAGCUCAAAGAAUAGCAAAAUAAAUGCUUGAUACUCCAAAUCCUAAUAUAGUGAAUGCUUGUGCGAAAGCAAAAGUUUAUUUAGCAAAUUAUUAUUAUGAAAUUAGUGAGUAUGAAGAAUCAUUAAAAGUUGCUGAAGAAGCAAUAGUAUUUUUAUGUGGAGAAAUGAGAAUCAGAAUAAAUUAAGAGAAAUUUGCAUAAAGAAAGUACAAAAAUAGAGAAAGAAAAAGGAUGAAAAGAUGCGUUAUAACAACUUUAUCUGCAUUGAUAACAAUGAUGUGUAAUUAUGAAGCUUAAGAUAAUUAUCAUCGGAUUGUAGAGUCAUUAACAACAGCUAGUUGGUUAGCAGAAAAAUAUAUAUAAGGAAUAGAUGAGUUUAAGAAGCAUAUUAUAAAAUUGGCAAGUGAAGGAAAGCAUAGAGUUGAAUAAAAUCUAAAAGAUUUAGCUGAUUUAAGUUUUAUUGCUGAAUCAACAUUAGAUUCAGAGUUGAAUAAAAUUAGGAAAAAGCAUAGAGACAAAUUAGAAUAAUCAGAAUCUCAAUAUCUUAAGAAAUUUAAUAAUGAUAUGUAUCAUCUUUUUCAAAUCAAACCUUUAAAUUAAUAAUUAUAUUUAAAAACACAGGUGAAAUAGAUACAUAAAAUAAAUAAAUAAUUUGAUUAAAAAGUUGUUGAAUAAUCAUAACCUCAUGGAACAGACGCUUCAAUUAAUAUAUUUGAUAGUAAUUCUAAUAGCUAGGAUAGUUUUUUUGAUGGAAGUUUUUUUGCUCCUUCAAUAGACAAUUUAUAAUUUGAUAAUGAUAUCUUUGAAAAGAAGAGAACAUAAUCAGUAGCAAAGAAGCCUACAACAAAUAAUAGAAAACUAUUAAAGAUAAAUAGAAAAUUGGGAAAAUCAGUUGGUUUAAUUAAAAUAGGUUUUGAAAGACCUUUAGAUCAUAAAUCUAAAAUUUUAACAACUAAUUAAUAUUUUAAUGAAUUUCAGAAACCAAAAAAGUAAGAAGAGAGGAGUGUUAGUAAUGCAGGAAGAUUGUUAAAAAGAUAAUUAGAAAAUAUAGAAUAUAGAGAACAUCCAGAUAGAGAUGAACAUCAUAAAUAAGAUUUAGAUGUUUAUGUUAAUAAAAUGGUAACUGGGAAGAUAGAAACUAAUGAAUUUCAGGAUUAUAAUGAUAUUCUAGGAUAGUUAUUUAAUUUAAGAAAGAAGGAGGACUUUGAUAAGAAAGAAUUUUAUUUUGGUAGAAAAAUGCUCAAUUUGAAAGCAAAAGAAGAAAUCAUGUUUUAUAAGGAAUCAUUCAAUUCACCACCAGUAAAAGUAGAAAUAGACACAAAAGUUAGGGAUUAAGCACAUAUUAUAGAUGGUAAAAUAACAGCAGAAAAGGAAUUAAAAGAAUUGAAAAGAAAAAAGAUUGAUAAAAUGGUAGCAGGCAAAAAGAUAGUAUAAACUAAUGUUAAUAUUGAUUUAAAAGAUGAAGAGGAAACUAUUUAUUUGAGAAAAGUAUUAGAAAAAAGUAAGAAAAAGAAACUAAAAGAUUUUAUUUAUAAACAUAGAGAAGCCUUAGGAUUAUCAAAAUUUUUUGCAAAUUUACAUAGAGAAUAAAAAGAAAAAGAAAGGAUAUAAAAAUUAAAGUCAGCUUUUGAGAAAGAAACUUUAGUUGAAGUUUCUGAGAAUUAGAAUUUGUAAUAAUAGUCUACAAAACAAAGAAAAAAUGUCAGAAUUUUAGUAUAAGAGAUUGAUAAGAAACCUCUAAAUCAUUAAUUAUCAUUGUAACCAUCUUAGGGUAGAAAUUCUUAACUUUGUUUAGAUGAUAUGAAGAUAUAAUCAACUUAGAAUUUAACACAAUAAAAAUCAAGUUCAAUACCUAAACCAAUAUUAAAGAGAACAUCUGAAACUUAAAAAAGUUUAUAAAUAAGUUAAUCAAUUCCAAAUUUGGAGGCUCAAGGAACAGAUUUAAUUUUAUAAUAGGAGAAACAAUAAAAAGUUUAGAGAUAGAUAAGAGAUCAAAUUGAAAAAUAAUAAAAGAAAUCUCAUCAAGUUAUUGGUAUGAUAAUAGAUGGAGUGGAAAGGAAAAUGGAUAUUGAGAAUAAGGAAUUAAAUAAAAUGUUGUUUAAACAAAAAGGAGGAUAGAAAUAAUAUAUUGAUGAUGAUGAAAAAACUUAUUUGAAAUUUGCACCAAAAUUUUCAGAUAUGAGCAGAUCAACUUAUCUGAUGUAUAUUAAAAAAGAGUUAGCUGAAAAAUAAUUGUUCAGUUUAGAAGAUAAUUAACCACAAAGAAUAAUGAUGCCCAAAAAAAAUUAAUUAUCAGAUAUGGCUCAAAUGUUUAAAGAAUUAGGAUAACAUUUAUGA